AUGAUCGAAAAUGUUUAUAUAGCUGAUCCUCUACCUGUACUAGUUGACCGCUGCUCUAAACCUAAAUAUCAGUUUAUCAGAAUCUCAACGCUGAAAUUAAGGGAUGUAGCAGUUCUACAGCAUGAGAAUCCGUUCUGGAGGUUGAAAUCUAUUUACCUAAUACAAGAUCCUAGAGCAAGGUUGGCAGGAUAUAAACGGUUAAAGAAGUUUGUUGAUAAUAGCGGAGUAGUCAGACAAUACACUAAAAGAAGUUAUAAAGUAGCAGUUGAUCAAAUCUGUUCUCAUCUAGCUGAAGAUCUAGAACACACAGCCGACUUUGAAUCCCCUAGAAUAAUUGCAACCUUGCAAGCAUAUCUAGUAAAGGAAGAGGAUCUGUUCUCAGACCUGGAGCAGGAAAUGAGAGGAAUUCUCUCCACGUUGAAUAUACCCUGGACAAAAUCUAUGGAGAAUAUGAUCAAGAGUGUAGAGUUUCCCGAGGACGGAGGAUCUAAGACUAAACUCCAGGCUGAUUUUGAGCAAGAGCUACAAAACCUUGAUGCUUGGAAAACUGAACUGAACCGUGAGGAAAUAUUUGCAGUCGAGAGAAACCUAAAUUGUAGAAAAGUGUUCAAUCAGGCUGGAUACGAAUUUCACGACUUUUAACAGAUCAAAUAUAAAGGCUUAGAUUAGA